AUGAGAGAAUUGGUUCUAGCCGUGACUGAAAGCCAAGAUUCGAAAGAAAAUAACGAAUGCCUUGUCGAUACUUAUGAAUUUGAACCUCAACUACAAGCAUUUCCACCGAUAUUACACACCUUAUACUUUAUCCUCAGUUUAUAUCAAUUAUUAGCUGGCUUUGCCAUAACAGCCAUGCUGCGAGGGUACUUUGUCUUUACCUUGCUAAGCUUCUUCGUUAGUUUCAUUCCGGUGGCAGCAUUUAUAAUCAUCCAGACAGGAAGCAAUAGACGAUUUAUUACCUGGUAUUCUUACGCUGUUUUCGCUGCUGGAGCAUUAGAAAUUGUUGUCAGCGGAGUAACGUUAAUCAUUUUGGCAGUUUACUGCUGCUGUCAACCAGCAAAGAGUCUAACAGAUCAAGGUUAUUGCCCUUGUAGUUUUAUAAAUGGCGAUGAGGACACGAUCCAUGUUGAAGAAACUGUCAAUACGCGACUUUCUAUUUCUUAUGCGGCGGAAUCCACGAUAAGUGUCAAAGUAAAUGGAAAAGAACAAAGUCGGUAA